AUUAGAAUUAAUAUUGCGAUUACUGGAAAACGGAAACAUACUUCCUGAAAAGGUCAUUGAAAUUCAAGAGGAUAUCAAAUAUUACGUUGAAAACAAUCAGGAUCCUGAUUUUACCGAGGAUGAGGUUAUAUAUGAUGACUUGAAUCUUGAAGAGGAAGAGGAACUUUGGGGAAUUACAAAUGAUGAUCAUCAUAACAACGAUGAGUCUAAUUCUGACGAAUCACGGACACCACCCAAAGAGCCUUCGAGUCCGGCAACUUCUCCGACGACAAGAAUAGCUUCAACAAAGACAGUUCCUUCAAGAAAAACCAGUAAUGCCUUCGAGUCCCUGCCACAACGGCAAAAGGAAGAGGAGAAACCGAAGCUGCCACCUCCGCCAAUAUCGACGGGGGCAACCGUAACAUCGCCACCUCCCACAUCUGCUACGUUUGCUCCAUUGAAGUCUGCUUCUCUUACUGGUUCAUCUCGAACAGUGGCCGCAGUGGCAAAACAAGGAAUCGAUACUGCACCUCAAGUAUCGGUACCACAACGAUUCCCUCCCGCGACUUCGGUAACCACAACACAAGAGAAUUCGACUGCAUCACAACCACCUGUACCGCCUGUACAACCAAAUUCGGUUGCUCCUUUAGCGCAAUCACAAUUGCCUAUACAACAACAGCCGCAAUCACAAACCCCGCAAACACAGCCACUAUCACAACCCUCAAUACAACCUGCACAAUUACAUCCCCCUAUACCUCCGGUGGAUGUUAAAAAAGAGACACCAAGCGAAUCAAUCGAUGUCACCAAACAGCAAUUUUCGCAACCCAAUGAUGUUCUUCAGGCAAAGCAAACCAGAUUACCUCCUCAAUCUAGUCAACCUAGUCAACAACACAUAAGUCCUUCACCUUCUCAAUCACAACCACAACAGCAGAAUCGCGAAAUACCUGUUGUUCAACCACCACAAACCCCCACUCAUCCAUCACAACCAUCAGACAUGAACGUGGCCGACCAAAGCAAGCAAGAUGGUUCUUCAAAUCACGAAUCUUCUUCAUCUGGAGAAAAUCGUAUACCUGAAGCUCUAGCAGAUCUGGUGCCGUCAUAUGAAGCAGCCGAAGAGAAAUUCCAUUUAUUCAUUCCCGCUGCUUUAGCCUUGGGUAAAGAAGACAAUUUUCACAUUCAGCAAAUGUUGGAUGCAAGUUUUCAGCAUGUUCCAGAAAGCAUAGAUUCAGAGAGACCCAAGUAUUAUGUGCCAAGGAAUCCCUAUCAUACCCCGUCCCACUAUCCACAGAAUCCUACACAGAUAUUUGAUAAUCCUGCAUUAUUUGAAAAAUUUGAUAUUGAUACGCUCUUUUUCAUUUUCUAUUAUCAGCAGGGAACUUAUCAACAAUAUCUUGCUGCUAGGGAAUUGAAAAAACAGUCAUGGAGAUUUCACAAAAAAUAUUUGACUUGGUUUCAAAGGCAUGAAGAACCUAAAGCAAUAACCGACGAAUAUGAACAAGGCACUUAUAUUUAUUUCGAUUACGAAGGAGCAUGGUGUCAGCGAAAAAAGACGGAAUUUAGAUUUGAAUACCGUUUUCUGGAAGAUGCUGAUCUGAUAUAA